AUGCCACCCCCCGGCGUCCAUCAGGUGAGUGACAACCUGUUGGCGGUGCUGCCGCGCUUCCCAUCGCUGCGUCGUCUCAAGCUGGACCUCGCGCCCAUCACUGACUCCGGCCUCUCUGACCUCGCCGGCGCCUCCUCCCCUCCCACCCCCGCUCCCGCUCCCCCUCCCGCUGCCGCCGCUGCCCCUCCCGCUCCCACCACGACCGAUGCUGCUGAAACUAGCAUGCCAGUAGCAGCAGCAGCAGCAGCAGCAGCAGCAGCAGCCGGAGGAGGAGGAGCAGCAGCGGCAGUAGAGGAGGGGGUGUUAGUGAACGAGCAGAGAGCAGUAGCAGGCGGGGCGCAUGCAGCAGCAGAGGGAGCGAAUGACCAUGCAGCAGCAGCACACGGCCAUGCCACGGCAGUAGGAGCAGCGGAUGGGCUGAGCGCUGCAGGGCAGGCAGCAGCGCAGGUGGGGGUGGGGAUGGGGGUGGGGAGGUGGGCGGCGUUGGGGUGCUGGCAGUUGGAGGAGGUAUCAGUGAGGCGGUGUGAGGCGGUGGGGGAUGAGGGCCUCACAGCACUGGCGGCAGCGUGCCCCAACCUGCUCUCCCUCGACAUCACCUGCUGCUCCUCUGUCACUGACGCCUCCCUGCUCGCCCUCUCCGCUCACUGCAGGCGGCUGGCGUGUGUGCGCAUGGAGGCGUGUCGCGGCGUGUCAGACGCGGGGCUGGUGGGGCUCUUCCAGCACUGCGCUGCGCUCUCCAAUCUCGACCUCACUGACUGCGGCAUCUCCGACACCACCGUACAGGGCCUGCGGCACUGCCCGUUGCUGCAGUCACUGAAGCUGGGCUUCGACAUGGAUAUCACUGAUGCUGGCCUCAUCUCCCUCGCUGCCUCCUGCUCCUCCCUCACCGAACUCGACCUCUACCGCUGUGAGGGCGUGUCAUGUGCGGGCAUAGCAGCGGUGGCGCAGGCAUGCACGGGGCUGAGCACUCUCAACCUCUCCUACUGCCACCGCGUGCGCGACGCUGCCCUCAUAGCCAUAGCGCGCCACUGCCCGCGCCUGCGCAACCUCGAGGUGCGCGACGCGCCUCUCCUCACCAGCGCCGGCCUCCUCGCCAUCGCCGGCCAUCUGCCGCCCGCGCAGGCACCUCAGGCAACAAGCGGCGUGCAGGGAGGCGGGCAACAGGAGGCGGGAGGGGCGGGGGGGCAGGUGUGGGGGUGUCGGGAGCUGCAGGAGGUGGAUGUGAAGCAGUGCACGGGUGUGGACGAUGCCGGCUUCAUUGCCCUCGCCCACGGCUGCCCCGACCUCAGACAGGCGAAUCUAUCGUACACGAGCAUAUCGGAUGCGGGGCUGGGGGCGAUGGCGGGCAUGGCGUGCAUGACCAAGUUCAACCUCGUGCACUGCUCGCACCUCUCCAUGCCGGGCCUUGAGGCCGCACUCACGCGCUGUGUGGGGCUGAAGAAGGUGAAGCUGCUGCAGGCGUGGCGGCCGCUGCUCUCACCCCAGCUGCUGGCGGACCUGGAGGAGAGUGGCUGCCGCUUCCGAUGGAUGGACAAGCCUCCUCUUGAAGCACUGCGCUCGUGA